AUCGCCGGUGACGAGAAUAUCACCGGAGAAAUGAAUAUUCCGGUGACAUUAUCCUCUUCUAUAUCUACACGCAAUGUCCUUAUCUCCGAUCAUCGCCGCCACGUCUUCCACGAAAAGCCUUACGCUUGUUCUACAUAGUCUGCAAGUUAUUCCUUUCUUUCUCAUUGAAAGGUAUUCGUUUUUGGCCUUUUGCUGAUUCUUCGGUAGAUUUACUUAAACAAUCGGCUAAGUUUGAGGUUUUUAUUUUUGAGAGUUUUGUGUCGUUUCUGGUACUGAGUAGAGGAGCUAGAUUGUAGAGGGUUAAUGUGUAUAUAUAAACAACAAAACACUGUGGACUUUUGUGCGAAGCUAGUUAGUUAAGAGUACUCACUAUAGAACAGCGUAAUCUUUUAUAUUUAAGCCUGGUUAUGCCUUUUCCGAUGAAGAUCCAACCGAUUGAUAUCGAUUCUGAUGCACUCAAAGAACCAAUAAUUAGACCGGAGUCAACUAAACCUGUGCUGAAAUCGCGGCUCAAGAGGCUGUUCGACCGCCAGUUUCCAAGCGUUUUGAGAAUUUCAUCUACUGAGAGACAGCCUUCUACAGCUGCUGUAGGUGGUGAACCGCAACUUACUAAAGACGCGGCCAACGGAACCGAGUUCGAGCCUAGCUCACUUUGUUUGGCCAAAAUGGUUCAGAAUUUCAUCGAAGAAACCAACGAGAAACAAUCCAAUGCAAAAUGUGGCCGUAAUCGCUGCAAUUGCUUUCACGUAAACGGUAAUGACAGUUCCGAUGAUGAAUUCGACGUCUUCAACGGCUUUUCCGAUUCAUUCAACGGCGGAUCGUUCAGCGACUCAUCUGAUAUACUAAAGAGCUUGAUACCUUGCCCCAGUGUGGCGGAGAGAAACCUAUUGGCUGACACGGCGUUAAUUGUCGACAAAAACAGCAAGAAUCACAAAAGGAAAGACGAUUUAAGAAAGAUUGUCACCGAAGGAUUAUCAUCUCUCGGCUAUAAUUGCUCAAUCUGCAAAUCGAAAUGGGACAAGUGUCCUUCAUUCCCCGCUGGUGAAUACGAGUAUAUCGAUGUGAUUGUAGAUGGUGAGAGGCUGUUGGUUGAUAUUGACUUUAGAUCGGAAUUUGAAAUUGCGAGAUCGACCGGUUCUUACAAGGCGAUCCUGCAAUCGUUGCCGUACAUUUUCGUCGGCAAACCGGAGAGGAUUGGACAGAUUGUGUCAAUCGUGUCGGAGGCGGCCAAGCAAAGCUUGAAGAAGAAAGGCAUGCAUUUUCCACCUUGGAGGAAAGCGGAGUACAUGCGUGCCAAGUGGCUCUCUCCCUUCACCGUAACCUCGUGUCGCAACGACUCCGUUUCACUGACCAAAACCGAGACGGAGAGUGAUGAAUGUUUGUUUGCGGCAGAGAGCGAUGAUUGCUGUGGAGAACUGGAGCUGAUUUUUGGUGAGAAAACGGCGCCGUCAGAAUCACCAAUAAAAAAAUCAAAUGAGGUGACGAUGACGUGGCAGCCGCCGGCGGUGAAACCGAAGACUGUAGAGAGAAGACCAAAGAUGGUGACCGGACUAGCUUCUCUGUUAAAAGAGAAGCCCUGAAAAAAA